AUGUUUUCGAAAAGUUUUGCCAUACUUUAUUUAUUUUCCUUGGUAAUUUCUCAAGAAGUGACUGGAAUUUUCACAAGAUUCAAUUCUUUGGAAUGGAAACCUGCUGCUGAUUACCCAUUUCAAGGUCCUCGUUAUCCAAACUGGAUUGCUGACUUAUCCUGGAUGAUUGAUGGUUCUAAAGUUACCAAAGGGGACACCUUUACCUUGCACAUGCCCUGUGUUUUUAAAUUCACAACCAGUGAUUCGGAAGUCAAUUUGAAUGUUAGUGGAAAGACAUACGCUACUUGUUCCUUUGCCCCUGGUGAUGUUGUCGUUGAUUAUUCUGAAUUGAAAUGUGUGGUUUCAGACUCUGUCGGUCCUUCAACGUAUGCAUAUGGUACUGUCCAUUUCCCCUUCUCAUUCAAUGUUGGUGGCUCUGGUUUAACAACUGACUUAAAUUGUGCUCCAAUUUUCCAUGAGGGUGUUAACACUGUUUCCUUUUACGAUGGCGACAAUGAGCUUUCCACAGACGUCAAAUUUGUAGGUGGUGCAUCUACGGACCCAACUGUUAUUGUUCGGGAAAAUAGACUUAUCCCAUCAUUAAAUACAGAACAACAUUAUUUAUUAGCUGGAGAAUGUGCUAAUGGAUAUCAAAGUGCAACCAUUGGGUUUUCGGUCUUGAAAGAUGGCGUUAGACUUGAUUGUGAUUCCAUGCACUCGCUUAUUACUGACAAGUUGAAUGACUGGUACUUCCCUGAAUCUGCAACUCAAAUCCCUAACCAAGUGAGUUGCUCUUCGAAUUUAUUAACGGUUACCUUUGCAAAUAUCCCAAGUGGUUUUACCCCAUUUGCUGACGUAUUUAUGAGAAUAAAUCCAGGUAUUCUGAAUCAAAUCAAAUACAUCAAUCAAUAUCAAUGUGUAGGCAGCAGCCAUGUCACCGACAAUCUGAAAACAGUCACUUGGAGUCCAUAUGUAAAUGAUUCCCCCGGUGCUAAUGGUCAAGAAGUUAUCGUCACUACUCAAACCUGGACUGGACUGACGACCCACGUGACGACAUUACCCUAUACCACAGGUACAGGAACCAUCACCAUUGAGGUGAAUGUUCCAAUCCCAACCGUCACCACUACUACCACGUGUGAUUGUCCUGCUGCUACAAGUACUUUUACUGCUACUCCUGGCGACACUGCAACUGUGAUUGAAUAUAUCCCUGAAGUAACUACCGAAGAAGACGUUUCCAGCACAGAAGACGGAGCAUCUUCCACAACAUCCGACGAAGAAGUUUGUACCACAGAAGAGGAAGAAGCACCUACAACAUCCGAUGAAGAGUUGUCCAGCACAGAAGAGGAAGGAUCAUCUACAACAUCUGAAGAAGAGAUUUUCACCACAGAAGAGGAAGAAUCGUCAACAUCUGAUGAAGAAGUUUCCAGCACAGAAGACGAAGAAUCAUUCACAACAUCCGAUGAAGAGACUACUGGCACAGGAGAUGAGGAAUCAGCAACUACAAUCGAUGCAGAAGUGAGUACCUGCGAAGAACCAUUGGAAACAUCAUCUGAUGUGGUUGGGUCCACCAUUACAGGUACCGAAGACGAAUCUGCAUCAGAUAUUGAAGAUUCAACAAGUAUUGAACCUCAAGAAUCAUCGGAUACUGCUGUAUUUACGACAAGUACUGACGAACCAUGUACUAAAUUUGAGACAUCUUCUGACGUCGAGGAACCAUAUAUCGUGGAAGAAUCUUCUUCGUCAUUAUGCCAUUCAACAACCAUUGAGAUUGAAACUUCUUCAGAUUUGGAAGAGACUACAUCUGCUAUUGAGUCUUUGAAUACAUCAUCGAAUGAGGAACCAUUCACGCCUAAAACAACCGAAGUAUCUGUAUUAUCAGAAUCAACUACUCAUCCAGUUGAAGAAUCAUCUAGUGGUAUCGGACAUGAAGGAGAGUCAUCUACUACAUUUUUCGAGGAGUCAUCAAGUAUCAAGAUUGGGUCUUCGAAAAGUCAAACGUUUUCCACGAAUAUCAGCGAAUCAUCUAGUAUUCAAGAAUCAUUCCCUCCAGCUGAUGAAGAAUCAUCAACGAUUGAAACUUCAACCGCUUCCACCCAAUACAUUACGACAACAAUCAUCGAUGGUAGAACAACUACUGUGACAGUGUCGGAAGCAACCACUAUAACAGCUGAUGACGACGAGAGUUUAAGUACACUCAGCGGCCCUGCUAAUACCAUCCCAGUACAUACUUCAACUGAGCCCAGAGCCAACCAAAGUUCAGGAAUUGCUUCCAAUGGUAGGGUAAGCACCUUCGACACGACUUUUAUCUCCACAACAAAGGUUGGUUCAACUGACGCAGAUGACUCAGCUACUGCUCGUGUUACAAGUCGUUCCAAUGAACCUAGUCAAUGGACUACAGGCUCAGCACUGGUUCCAAAUCCCCCAGAAACCUUCCUUGGAUCUGCUUCUUCUUUAACUUUGUCAGCAAUGUUGGUCAUUUUUAUUGAAAUAAUUGCUACUUUGAUAUUAUAG